GCUAAGAAGGACGCUAAGUUCGCGCGCUGAAGGGUUCGUCGUCUGCCUCCGCGGCCAUGUCAACGCGGUGAACACGAUCUCGGUGCCCGUCCGUUCGUCUCUGUCGUGGGACAAUCUCGCACGUGGCCACGGCGGGGGCAGGAUUGUUCUCAGCCGGCGCGUUAACGUGCUGUGCGUGGUAACAGUGGAUGUGCUCGUUCGGUCUCUUUCCAUCGCGACGUCAACAGCCAGUUUCUCUCCCUCUUCGAUACUGUGUGCCCUGUGCGGACUUCGACCGGUCGUCAUCCUGGAUAACGCUUGUCCUCCGUGGUGCAAAGCCCGCUUAGCAACCGCAACGCGAACUGAACGCUCGUCGGUGCUGAAUCAACAGGUGGGAAUCUGCGAACUAACAGGUGUAUCCCGGAUGGCGGGGACGUUGGUUACACGAUGACGGAACUGCAACCGUCGCCGCCAGGAUAUCGAGUCCAGGAUGAGGCCCCGGGCCCACCUUCCUGUCCUCCGGGCCCAUACAAGUACGCGAGUCACGGCCACGGGAGCGAGCCUACCAAUUUCAAGAGUACCUCGUCGUAUCCUCAGGAAGGUUAUGGCCUUAAGCAGAGUCCGUCUCGGACGGUGCCUCCUAACGAGUACUAUCGCCGCAGAAACGACGGCAGGAGGUCCGCAGAGAACGAGCACGAGGCUGCCAACGCAACAAAGAAAGCCACGGUUGCCGGUUACAACGAAAGUCACAAGAAGAAUACUGCAGGCUAUAAGAAUGACAGCGGGUACAGCGAGAGCCUCGGAUUCGACAGCUACACGCUCCCUCUCAAUGAGAGAGACGAAGCGUCUCCGCCGCCAACGCCGCCGGUCAGAGACGCGUCCAGCCUCAAAGGCGUCUGCUAUGGGCCAGGACACGAGAAGUAUCCUUCGUGGCCGAGCGCGCCGGAGAGGCACCCCGACGAGGACGUUCACAGCUCGGCUCAUAGCGGAUCCCAUCGUUCCAAGUCCUGGACCGAUCACACCAAUUACCCGAAGGAGAAGCCUGCCCAGUACACCAGACCGCACACGAAGAGGCCCAAUCCCACGUUCACGCAGCAGUUAAAGACCGUGAUGGAACGCUGCGAGAAGAUACCGGCCGAGACUUUCGAGUCGCGUAACAGGAACAAUGUGGAAGAGGAACCGAGAUUGUGGCCUCGCGUGGAUCGCGAGGGUAAAGCUCUGGGGGAUGCGGAGUACGUCGUGCCAUCGCCUCCUGAACGCGAGCAACAGACCAGUCAGACCCUCAGCCAUGCCGAUCUGGAAGCCUACGUCAGGAGCUACCAAGAUCCUCAAGUGUCCCAGGUGGACAUAUACCGGGAGGCAACUCUAACACAAGCAGGUCUCGAGGAAUACACGAGGGUGCAACAUUCACAGCAGGCCAGCUACGCACAAUCCGAAGGCUAUCACAGUUACGUUUCCAGCGUGGAUUCGACGACGAACACCCCGUUCCUCGACAGAUUGCGAAGAGACAGCGAGGCGGUGGCGCAGAGACCAGCUUCGACCUGGGAGGACACUUCCAGGGAGGGCAGAGACAGCGUAGUGACUACGUCGAGCGGAAGCGCCUCCAGUAGCGAGACCUUGAAAUGGCACGGUUCGAUGUCGGACGUCAGCGUUUCCAGCGGGCUACCAGCUCGACAGGGUGCGUCGGAUCGAUGGCACCACGGAUCGAUGUCGGACGUUAGCAGCGUGAACGGCGGAAUUUUGGCUCAAAAAUCCAGCAACGGGUGCCACGACAAGUGGCAAAGUUCCAUGAGCGACGUGAGCAGCACCAGCUUGUCGCCGACAACGAAGGGCAGACACAGCGAGAAGUGGCCGGACAAGUGGCAAGUGUCGAUGAACGAUCGCAACAAACAGAAUCAGGGUAGAUCCAGCCUGCCUGCAGUGAUCAAUCAUUGCAACGCGUCGACCAACGUGGCCGAUGUGUCGACGGUUCGGGAGAGCAAGUGGCAAGAGUCGAACAUCGACGAGGAAUCGUUGGCGGACAAGUCGCAGACGAGUAGCCAGUGGGACAAUUCGGUGCGAAUCGAAGCUGACAAAUACGGAUCCCUCGCUCAGCCGAUGUCUCAGAGUCCGAUACGUCAGCAGAUCGGCCCAUCGAGUCCGCAGAGCCCGGAGACUUGGAAUCCUAUUCACGGAUCGAUGUCGGACGUCAGCCAGACGAACGGACUUCCGUGCAGCAAACAGUUGAUCGCUCAUAGUGCCAGAGUACAGACACCGCAGAGACACCACUCCGAAAGCGUGCUGUAUUUAGAUCGAGAAAGGACCCAACGCAAACUGUAUCCCGUCAGCACCACGCAACCUCAAGAAUCCACGCAGUCCUCGAGAAUGAACUCAACGUUGCCGCAACAGCCGCAGAUGACAGUAGCGGAACGUAUAAACGAAUUGGAGAAACAGCAACAGCAGCAAAUGCGUUACACGUACUUGGAUCCGGAAAAACGCCAUCGGGUCUCUGACCCAACGUUGAAAGCCAUACAGAAGAAAGCGUUGCUCUCCUUUUACGAGAGACACCAUCAAGCCUCUUGGCGAUCCGAGCCACAGCUAGCCCAAGGGUCCGCCCCUGCGCCCCAAAGUCCACCGCCUCAACCGCCCCCGCGUCCCAGACCAUCCUCGUCCAGACGAGCCAGCUCUGCAUCCGAUUAUGCUAGCGGUGCUUGGAGAGAAAACGGUAACAGAAGUCAGAAUCAGGGUAACGGUGAUCUACCGAGUCCCAAGCAUCAGCACAGCAACAGCUGUGGCAGCCUUUCCACGGACUUAUUGGGGCCCGUUAUAGUCGGUCCGGCUAUAUCGAUCGACGAUUGGGUACCCGAGAGACCACCCAAGAAGCCACAUCUAAGAAACGUUUACAACGAUCGCGUGCCCAGCCCAGACUUGCCUCCACCUUCGCCUCCAACGGUGACCGAGAACGAGGUCCACGAUUGCGACGAUCCACUGCCACCUCCACCGCCCGAACUCAGCGACGACUGCUUCACAGACACACAGCAACGCAAGUCCAACAACGCGCACCAUCAACCGGAAGAGUCCAAGAUCCGCGACAGAUCCUGCGACCGUCACAAGCUCGAGAGACACUCGACGAGAAGAUCGAAGCACGGCUCUAAGAGAGAACACGACAAAUCCUCUGGGAAGUCCUCACCCAAUUCGCCCGCGAAACCAGUGGCCCAGGACCAGGAUCAGCAUCAGUUCGUCAGAGCUGCCAUAGCGUUGAAACACGUAGACUCCGAAAUGGUGCUGGAGAACGGUGUGUCUGCCGGAUUCGCUACACACAGAAUGGUGGCCACUGGACGAUCCAGCUUGAGAUACCCGUCUACUCAAAAGUUAAUGGUGAACGGCAGAGUGACGCCAGCGAGAAGAAUAUCCGAGGAGCGGCCUUUCCCAAGCAGACCUCCGGCGCAACUACCUGAUCUCAUAUCGCAGCGAUACAGCGAUUCCGGAAAUCAAAGGCCCGCUCCUCAGGUUCCAGUGGAGCCACGAAUCGUUCGACAAGAGUCCAUGAGAGUGGACAGAACGAGACUCGACGUCUCUGGCUUGCUCAGAAACGAUUCCACUCAGAGGUUGGAGUCGUCCUCCGGCCAGAGACCUCAGCCCCAAGUGCCCAAAAGUGUCGACAAAAGUGCCUCGAACGGUCAGUCGAGCCAGUCGCCUAGACCGAACUACUUGCCUGUCCCAGAGAACUCGAAGAGCGCCUCCAAGUACCUGGAGGGCGGAAAUCACGGCUUCUCGAUCGGUAGCCCCGUGAAGACGGGCUACGAAGCCAACUCGAAAAUGUUCCCCUCGGAAUCCAGUCCGCAAAAGUAUCACGAGCCUCCAAAAUACGUGCCGAAUCAUCAUCAACGCCAUGGUGACGCCACUCAGAGGAACUAUUACGCUUUGCCGCCCAAGUACAUGGACGCACCUAAGCAGAAGCCUCAGCCACAGUGCCCCACGGACAGAUACGGUGGUCCCGGGUCGCCUAGUUCCCCGCCACCGCCUCUGGCGCCACGACAAAACACUCCGGGCAGGAAAUCGCUACCGCCCCCGCCGCGGCCUGCUCCUCCGCAUGCGCUUCAAGGGAGCCAAUCGAAGGCCUCCUACCUGGCUUACCGGAGGGAACGUGGAGCGCCCGAUAGCGAGGGCAGCUACAAGAGAACCAUGUCACCGACGUCUCGCUUAGAGGAUUGGCCACCACCCCGGGAUCACGACGAUCCGGUUCUGCUGCGCGUCACGCCUCAUCAUCCGUUGCAGCACCAUCACCAUCACCAUCACAACAAUCACCAUCCUCAGCAGCCGGAGCUUUUGAAGUCGCACAGCGUGGACGCUCUUCAUCACCGGCUGGAGGAACGGACGGCGCAACAGCAACAACACUCCGCCGAGGUGAUCGGAAAGCUGUCGCACGAUUUGAACAAGAAACUUCAAGCAAGCGAGGCGAGGUCGCGAAACACGGAGAAUAAUAAUAACGAUAAUCUCGAGGAUCGACAUCAGCAUCACCAUCAUCAUCACCAUCAUCUGGAGAAGAGACAGCAGGAAAAGAGGCACGAUUACGAGCAACGUAGGGAACGAUUGUCGCCCCAGAGCGUCGAGGUCCUUAACGACAGGAACCGACAGCUGGAACGUGAACGCAGGAAGCUGGCGGCUAGCUGCGAACCCCUACCUCAGAACCUCAGAGAGAAGCAGUCCCGCAGCGUGGAGGUUCCCUCGUCGGUGGAAGAGGACUUCUUCCGCGAGAGAAGCGCCACGAUCGAGAUGACCUCGCAGAACAUAGAGCUCCUAAACCGUCGUAACGAAAAGAGAGCGAACGCUACGUCCACGUCGACCAACACGGUCGCCACCUGCGUCACGACGUCUUCUACGUCGACAACGAUGACGAUCGCGACGGACAGUUGCUGGUCGCGUGGGCAGGAGUCGCAAAAUUCCAUCGAAAGCUCGCCUACUGCCGACAGACCGCCACCGCCAAUGAGUUCGCCACCAAGAUCACCCAACCACGUCGAGAGAGACAGUCCAAGAGGAGCCGUUCCCAGACGGUCCGGAAGUUGUUCCAGUUCCUCGUCCUCAAACAGAUCGUCGGAUCCGCGCGUGUCGCCUCGAAGCUUGUCCAGCAGCUUCUCCAAGAUCGAAGGCUCCCCCACCAACAGGAAGGUUUCCAGUCCCACGCAAACGGACAACACCGGAUCCUCGAACAGAUCUAGCUCGCCUGCUCAAGUUCGUUCGAACCAAACGAACGAGAUUGAGCUGAGAGUGGACAGAUCGUCCUCGUCCGCGAAGUCUAGGUCGGGAGGCAGGUCCUCGACGUCCUCGAUUUCCAGCGUCUCUAAGGCGUCCUCCUCCUCGUCACCCAGGAACUCCCCGAUCGAGGGUGACAAAUCCUCUGCGCCUACGUCGCCGUGCGUGUCGCCUCAACUGGGAAUAGAGGGGCUGACACUGGUGCAACGCACCGAAGUAGUUCUUCGAGUGAACGCAGCCACCAGCGACGCUGCCUCGCAGACCGACAUCCUGGAAACCCAGGAGUCCGAGGUGUCCACCAAGAGCCACGAACUUCCUCUGUGUCGGAAGAAACUGCCCGAGGAGAUCGAAUGCGAAGAACUAGGCCGGGACCUAGCCAGCCAGCUCAACCCGAACGACAAACUGGUGCCCCUGCUAGUUCCAGCGCCGGAGCACAAGAAGCCCACCGACUACGUUUCCGGUCUGUUCAGGGUAGAGGCGACCUUGCAACCGAGACCGAGACGCCGACUCUCCCUUGAGGAACCCACGACCCCGUGUUCUGAAAAUGGAACCGACGACGAGAAAAAGCACGAAACGAUACCUUCCGCGCCGGUCACUCCGCUGUCGAGCGACUCGAGCAGCCCUCUGUCCCCGACGUCGGCGUAUUUCACCACGUCCGAGGGAAAAGCCAGGUUCCUGACCAGAUACUCGCGAGACGUGACCGUCGAGGGUUUGGCGCGCCAGGAGGAUGCUCCAUCGGUCGUUCCUACGGACAGCCUCGAUCUCAGGCAGAAAAAGGAGGAGCUGAUGACGAGGCUCGACAAGAAACUGGUAGUCCUCAGGGCCGAGCAAGAGGCCGUGCGAGAAGAGGGAGAGGUGAACGAAGCCCUGGGUGCACGAGUCGCCACGCGGAUUUCCGCGGUCGCCCGAACGGCCGAAGCGUCCAAGUAUCGGCUUCACGUGGAGGAAGUCGGCAAGAUCACGAGUCUUCUUCUAGGUCUCAGCGGCAGACUGGCUCGAGCGGAGAACGCCCUCUACGGAAUGCCAGCCGAUCAUGCGGAAAGAAAAAUCCUGGAAAGCAAGAGGGACAAGCUGAUGGACCAGUUGGAGGAGGCGAAGAUCCUGAAGGGGAACAUCGACAAGCGGAGCGUGAAUGUCUCUACGAUCCUGUCGAAGUACCUGAACGCGGAGGAAUUCGCCGACUAUCAGCACUUCAUCAACAUGAAGGCGAAGCUGAUCGUGGACGGGCGUGAGAUCCAGGACAAGGUGAAACUCGGGGAGGAGCAGCUAGCCGCGCUGAGAGAAGCGAUCGACUAGUCGUAAUAAUGAACCGAUCGCACGAGAAACGCGUGGCCGCGUUCGUAACGCGCUCGAGCGGCGCGCGUUGAAGCAACCAUCGCUUGGAAUGCACGUAUUUUUAAACGUCUCAACCAUGAAUCAACGAUAGGAUGGAGGCGGGCGUAACUCCAUUUGUUCAAUGGCGACUCGUCGAAUUUCGUAAACGUAUUUUACGCGUAUCUUCGAAUCGGUGAAUGGAAAGUGAUAAAACCUAAUCGGUAGUUUGAAAUUAUUUUUGAACGCAUGUUUCAUUGUAUAUAUAAUAUAUGUAUCCUUCGAGUCCUAGACGGACGAAGCGUCGUCGAUCGUUCUUUCCUUGCGAACAAAAUUGUAAUUGUUUCCGGAAUUUUUCAUAUGCGUAAAAACGUCACCGUUCGCGCGAGAUUCACGAUCUAGAUGAUCUCUCCUAGCGCCGUCCAGAGACAGCCUAGUCGUUGACGAGCUCGCGUCUAUGGUCCGCGAACGAAAAGAGGAUAAAAGUCAUAAAAAGAAGAUUCUUGCGUGCACGGGUGACCACGAACGAGACCGUUCGUAAUUCGCGAAAUUCGAUGUACCCGUUCGAUCCUUUACGCGACGCGUGCGAGCGUUGAAAUCUCUGAUCGGCGUGGAAAUGUUUCGCGACACGUGUGUUCGGUGUUAUCGGGUCGAAUAAAAAUUUUUACGCGUCCCAAGCGAGCCAGCCGUCUAUCCGAAAUUCGUACGUAGGUUUUCUCGACGAUGAAACCGCUGUCGUUCCUGUUCGCUGCUGUAAAACAGAGACACAGUUGACCGCGGUCGUGCACAGCUUACGGAUAGGUUUCGUUUUACCUGUGCGGCGCAAUAUUCGUUCGUGGCAGCGCGUGUCGCGGGGUUUCUUGACCUAGAAUUACUUCUGGUGCCUUCUUAUAUACGAUAUGUGAUAUAAGGGUAAGGAGUCACGUGGUCGUGAGAUAUAUCUGAACGAUACAGGCAAACCGAGCGACGCGGUAACAUGUAUAUAACGAAAGAAGAAGAGAAAGGUAGCUUUAAGAGGUGAUACAUUGUAGGAACCACGCAUACACACCACGCAUACAUUCACAUACACACGGACACAGUGACAAGAGGUGCGCGGACGCGCACGAGACACGCAUCGUAAACCAUUAUACAUGCUCACGUAUACAACGAUUACUAUUUUUUACGUUUUGUUCUAACCCCAGGGGCUCUCGUGAGCCCCUAUGACGCUUGUGAUCUUACUUACUUCUGUACGACCGUACCAAGGACUCUCGAAAACGGAUACGAAAAGUAGAUCGAAAGGAUUUCGAGACUCUAUGGUGGUCUUACGAAAAAUUUUAUGCCUCGGUCGUUUUCGAAACUAUCAUUUCGUUGCUCCUAUUUCCUCCACAAUUUUCACCUUUGUUUCGCGAAUGCAUCCUGUCUUCUCCGUAACGAUCGCGAUCGAUCUCGACCAGAGAUGAGCAGGAUAUCGAUAUACAAAUUUCAGUCGUUCACGCGUUGUUUUGUUCUGAUAAAAGUUAUAAUCUGAAUCCACGUGAAACGAACAAAAAUUUAUAAAGUGGGAUUAUUCGUUGUCUACCGUUUGACUAAAGUUUUUCUCAUCUCUGAUAUCGAAGACCAGAUCCAAGGGACGGAGAAGACGCUACGGACGAAAUUCGAAGGGAUGAAUCCUCCGGUUUUUUGAGCUCGGUAAUGAAAUAUUUACCAGUAGACUCAAAGAUUCCGAGAUGGAAUCCGUCUUCUUAACCGUUCCAGCGAACGGUUCGCGGCGUGGUCGCGCGACUGGUUGCCAAUUUUGGCAAAAUUUGUAAUAAUCGUAAUAGUAAUUGAAGUAUUCGAAACUUCGAGCGACGAUGGAGUGGAAGUUAAAACACAUCCUAGCUCUCGUUCGCAAUUAUUGUUACUAUAGUUGGAAUUAAUGUCAUGGAUAGAAAUCCGAUUGAAAGGGUUUAUAAAUAAUGUAUCCAUUUUGAAGUAAUCGAAUUUAUCUAUUUUGGAAUGUUCCAAAUUAAUCAGCUGCAGACAGGAAUAGAAUUGUGUUUCUGAUGAAAUACCUAGGUUCGUGAUUCUUUUGCUAUCACGGUAUUUAAGAUCGAUGAAAUUUAACUACGAGACAAUUCGUAAAUGGCGCGAGAGCACGAUCUGCCAGGCGAGCCGUGUCGCGAGGGACGGAGAGCAAAAUUUGUAGCGCGCGUGAAAGACUGAGCAGAGGGCAUAAAAUUUUGCGGCACAUUAUAGUCAGUUUCUGUUCCUCGUUUGUUUCUCGAUGUUCGCAUGAUAUAACGGCGGCGGUACUGUAAUCUCGCCGUCCGUCCUGUCAGAAAUCUGCCACAUUUUCGUAAUCUGCUUGUAAGCAGCGUUACGCGUCGCGACUCAUCGCGACAGACACGCGCGGAAAAAGAAAUUGUAUAUAAAACGAGUUCUCAUUCGCUGAUAGAGGAAGAAAAAAAACCAUGGUGCUCUGCAUAAUCUAUUUUUUACGAGAAGAAACGUUCCAUUAAUGCGUAGGCUAUUUACAUAUACUCUAAGGUCAUUAAUAUUUAAUAGUGCUCCACUGUGUACAUACUCUCUACAGCAUACAAUUUAGUUUUUAACGUGAUGCGAGGAGAACCCGUUUAAACAGUCCACACGCUGUACACGCGUUCAUACGUAUGACACACGUAUACACACACACAUACAUACACGUACGUCACACAUAUACACACGUAAGCGACGACGCUAGGUCGUUGAUAGUCUGACAAUAUUAUCGCAUAUUUCGAAUGUAUUACGAAAUCAUUACGAUAACUACCUUUCCCAAACUCGCUUGCAAUAAAUA